CAAAUUGCUCAUCCAGAUUGGAGCCAUACCUUUCAGAUUGGCGUCAUUUAUCGACGUUUGUUGCUUUGUAACCACUUGUGACGCCUUGGUUUUGAUCAAUUAGGAAUUCCAAGUCCUUAGGUUAAAAUCCCAAUAUGGGUUCUAAAGCCCAACUAGAAACAACAAGAAGAAAAAAGAAAGGGAAAGAAAAAGGAAAUGAGGAAGGAGGAAGGAGGAAGGAGGAAGGAGGAGAGUGGAGAGUAGAGAGAAAAAUGAGAAAGGGAAAGAAUGCUGCUGCUGGCAUUGGUGUCAAUGUCGAUGCUGGAGAACAAGGAAAAGAACAAAAAUGGCAAAGGGAUAGGGGGACCAAAUUGGGUAUUAAACCUACUUUAAACGGUCAAGGCCUACAGUCCACCAGAUAUUUCCAUGAACCCGCUAACACGGAAAAAACUCAAUCGAAGAGGGAAGAGAAGAGUAAGCGGGUUUGCUUCAGUCCAGUUUUCGUUAAGCAUACCCACUGAAAAAUGUUGGGCCAACACCGAACCAAACAUUUUUGGAUCUGCUUUAUCCAACAGAGAAUUAUAAACUGUAAGGAUUGUUUUUGCUUGUUUAUGUCACAUACAUAUGAUUCUAAAUUCUUCUCCUUUGCUGACAUUUUAUUGAUUUGCCUGAUGUUAAACAUGCAUUGUAUCAUUUGUGACAACCUGAGCUUUGAGUUGUAGUAAAGAACUAUAGAUAAACAUUUGGUUUUAUGGUUUGCGUUUCCUCUAAAUUGAAAAUAGUUUUCUGAGUUUGUUGUUACUAAAACAUGCCUGCCUUCCAGAAAUAGUGUUCUACUCACUAGAGAACUUUUAAGAGGGUGUAAUUUGCUAAAAUUUUUCUACCGUUCGGACUGAAGAUAAUUACUAGUAAUGGCCCUCAUACAUAGAAGAAUAGUUUAGUCAUUACGAUUCAUGAUGCAGUUGAUACUCUCCUUUUUCUUGUUAUUAUGCUUAGAAGAAUUGUUUAAUAUCCCGUUACUCUCCUCUCCUUUAAUUUUGCAGAGAAGAAUAGUAGUUUAAUAUUUUAUUAUCUCCCUUUUCUUCUCAUUUUGCAAAGAAGAAACAGAUUACGCGUGACAAUGUACAAUGCAGUUGAUACUCUCCUUUUUCUUCUCAUUUUGCAAAGAAGAAUUCUUUUUCUUGUCUUUUUGCUUAGAAGAAUAGUUUAAUAUUUUGCUACUCUCCUUUCUCUUCUCUUUUUGAAAAGAAGAAUGGUUUAGUCAUGAUGAUGCAAUUGAUACUCUUCUUUUUCUUCUCAUAUUGCUAAGACAGGCGCUUUUUGUUCUCAUUUUGCGGGGAAGAAUAGUUUAGUCAUGACCAUGCGUGAUGCAGAUGAUACUCUCCUUUUUCUUGUCAUUUUGCUCAGAAGAAUAGUUUAAUAUUUUGUUACUCUCUUUUCUCUUCUAAUUUUGCAAAGAAGAAUAGUAGUUUAAU